AUAGUAAUUGUCCAGUUUGGAGGAAAACCAUUUAGCUGUUCUCCCCUGCAGCUUGACCAGUGGAUGUGGUGUGUAUUUAUUGGAUUAGGAGAACUUGUAUGGGGUCAGGUCAUUGCAACCAUCCCAACAAGUAGGCUAAAGUUUUUAAAGGAGGCAGGGAGGCUCACUGAGAAGGAGGAGGUCCCUGAAGAAGAACUCAAUGAAGAUGUUGAAGAAAUUGAUCAUGCAGAGAGAGAACUUCGACGUGGACAAAUUCUCUGGUUCAGAGGGCUCAACAGAAUCCAAACCCAGAUCGAAGUAGUCAAUACUUUCAAGAGUGGCACUUCCUUUCAGGGGGCUCUAAGGAGACAGUCCUCCGUCACAAGCCAGACCCAGGAUGUAACCAAUAUUUCUAGCCCUAGUCACGUAUCGUUAUCCAAUGCUCUUUCCUCUCCUACCAGCACAUCUGCUGCUGCGGCUGGGCGUGAGUGUGUAUUCUUAAUGCAUCAGACCUACAGAGAUGCCAACUUACGUAGCAGUCAUUUGAGACUAAGCUACUUUGCCCUUUCCCAUUUUGUCCUGUUAUGUUUGUUAGUUUACACAUACCCAGAAACACGUAACAUGAUUACUUUGUGUACAGUAGAUACUCUCCAUGAUUCAUUGCACGUUUUGUCAACUUACUGUUAGGACAGGAAUUUCUAGUCAUUUUUUAUCCCAGUGUAUGGAGAUUCUGGUUUUAUUUGGGGCUCCUGUGUUAUGUUUUCUCAAUCUCAUUGGAUAUAUUUUCUAUUGCUUAUAAAAUAUGUACUUUAAAUGAUUCUAUAAAUAUCUUAUAUUAAGCAAUACAGCUUGUCAGAUAAAAGAUCAUUCCAUCUGGAAGACUGAGUCUAAUAUAGGUCACUCAUGUCCAAGAAAGAUGUGCUC